AUGGAUCCUGUGGUGUUCUUCGUAGUAUUGACAUCGAUAUAUGGCAUUUUAUAUUUCUUUGAUCGGUUCUUUAAGAGUUGCAUGCACUAUCCGUACGAUGCGUUUCUAAAGAACACUGGAUUCACCGUGAACUUUAUGAGUGUCCAUUGGCACACAAAUGCCUUCAAUCGUAUGCUUUUGCGUUGGGGCUCCGCUGGCCAUAGUUGUACAAGAAAUUUUCUAGUCCGUAGCUUUAAUGUAGGCGUGUUAUUCGCCUUUUCACUACUGCCUAUUGGCAUUAUAUUGCUGAUUAUAACUAUAUUUAAUGGCGGUGAGACGGCCACGUCAUCUUCGUCCAUAGACGCAGAUGCCGCCUCUUUAGUGCAACUAGAGAUUCUGUUGCCGGGUGUGAAUCUGCCGCUUCAGGAGAUUGGCUACUAUAUAGCAACACUAGUCAUGUGCCUGGUAGUGCACGAAUUGGGCCAUGCCCUGGCUGCAGUGCUCGAGGACGUACCAGUGACGGGAUUUGGUAUAAAGUUCUACUACUGCCUCCCUAUGGCCUAUACAGAGCUAUCUCACGAUCAUCUCAAUAGUUUGCGCUGGUUUCGCAAGUUGCGCAUCCUUUGCGCCGGUAUUUGGCAUAACUUUUUAUUUGCCAGCUUUUGUUAUCUUCUCAUUUCCUCGGUGGGCAUUACACUGUCACCGUUUUUUGUAUACAAUCAAAAUGUGAUAGUCACCGAGCUGACCGCCAAGUCUCCAUUGCGCGCUGGUGGCGGAGAUCGUGGCCUACAAGUGGAUAAUGUAAUUACUCAGCUAAACGAUUGUGCCGUGAGUAGUGAGGAAACCUGGAGUAGCUGCCUACAGAAAACACUGCCCGUGCGUCGGGGCUAUUGUGUGAGUGCGGACUUUGUGCGUCAAAAUGAUGAAAGCAUCGAUAUAUCGCAUCAUUCCGCGGACGGUCGUCUCCAGUGCUGUGAUGAGAGAAAUCCCAAUGUCAGUUGUUUUGAGCUAAUCGAGGAUAUGACAGCGGAAGCUCCGGCGGAGUUGCCUCAGCAUGUGUGCCUGCAUGUACGCCGCACCUUGGAGGAUGUCAGUGAGUAUUGCACUGGCGGCGAUUGCACUCAGGGUCAUUGCCUGAGACCCUUGAUGCCGAAUUCAACGGCCAUAUUACAGUUUAAGCGCCAGCGUUUAAGUGGCGAACAAUUACCUUCUGUGAUCUAUGUGGGCCAUCCCUAUGAUGUGGUGCGUUCGGUAAGGGUAUCCGCCUUCGUGCCACGGUAUUCAGCAUUAAGUUCUGCUUGGCCAGAUUCAUGGUUUCUACUCUUGAAAUACAAUGUCGUCUUUAGCAUUGGUCUGGCUCUGGUGAAUGCGAUACCCUGCUUUGGUUUCGAUGGGGCACACAUCACCAGCACAGUGAUACACAGUUUCCUUGUGGGACGCGUGGAUCAGCAUGCCAAGCGAGAUCUCAUCUCGCUUAUCAUUACCAGUGUGGGCUCCCUGCUCUUCGGCCUGGCCCUGCUAAAGGUUGCCUGGUUGAGUCUAUUGAAGCCCUUAAUCUAAGGAGAGAAGGACUGGAAAAUUUCACAUGCCUUGCGACAGACACUACUCUAGACUGCUAAAACAACGCACUUUAAUAUCUUAACGUACAGCGAAAUAUAGACACUUACAACACCUCAAAGGUUUUUAUAGCUUUCUUAGUUAAACAAAUCAUUGUACUACUAUUUAUUUCUUCCCUUAUUAAGUGGUUGACGAGCUCAAAAAUAAAACAAAAUAACUAAA